GAGAGGAGAGGAGGAAAUGAGGAGGGAGAGAGAUGCAGGGGGUUGCUGGGGCUCGGAGCUACAGCUUUGUAUUGGUUGUAGAAUGAGAGGGGCUGGUCCUUCUCCAUCCCUCUCACCACCUCCACUGAGAAGCAGAGUGAGUAGCACACACACACACACACACACACUCUUACACUCACACACACACACACACACUUCGAGUCACAGGAAUCAUGUCAGGACACAGGACGGACCAGGAGCUGGAGUGCACACACAAACAUUCCAGGAGAGUUCAAGAUAAAGACUGAGGACAUCACGGUGGGACAGACUGAGGAAUGGGAGAUGAAGACGGAGAGGCAGACACACAAAGAUAUGUGAUUGAGCUGCUGUUUCCGAGCUGUCACAGAAGUUUGACAGAGUGCUGCUCUCAUGGCGGGACCAGCCCCACAGGAGCCCAUAAAGGUGAUGUUUAUAUCCCUCAGCGACACCUGCUUCACUCUUCACUCUGCAUUUUCAUUAUCUUUCACAUUACGCUUGUUCUGUCUGUUGUCAGGAUUUUAGUGCAUGUUUUCCCGAGGCUUUGCAGUCAUCAGCUAAAUAGGAUGGAGCCUGUACUUAACCGAAUAUGAUCUUUGAAAACCCUAAGGAAACACAAAUUGAUUGAUAAGACAGUUCAAUGUCAGCUAAUCUCUCAGUUUGAGAAUGCAUUAACUGCUUUUGCCAUAAAAUCUGGAAACUCAAGGAUACACAGUUAGAAAUGAAACAGUAAAACUGAGAAAAACGUUUUAUGUUGGAAACUUGAAUCCACAUAAAAUAUCAUUUUGCAGUGAAAACAAGUAGAAAAAUCCCUCUGUUAUCUUCUUUGUUGCUUGUAAUGUUUAAGUUGAUGACUAUUCUCCGCAGAAAAAAGGGAAACAUUGUGAGAAAAAUGUUGUUAUAAUCUUCAUGAGACUAUUUUUGAUAUUUUAAAAAACAUGACUUUAUAGGAGAAAUUCAAACCAACAAAUAGAUGUCUUUAAAGGAUAUUUUAAGUAUUUAUUUGAAGUUAUAAAUCAGUUCAAUAAAGAUGAAGAAAAAAAACCCUGAUGAAAGUAGUUUUAGUCCAAACAGCAGAACAACAAUAAAAUCAUUUCCACUAUAUGAAAAAGAAACAAGAUGGUUAUUUUUGAUCAUUUGAGACACUGGAACAAGAUGAUGAUGGACAUUUUUCCUCACUAAUAACAACAAAAUUUUUAUUCAAAUCAAACAACUGCAUAACAGGGCUGCAUAGUCCUGUAGUAUUUAACACUGUUGCCUCACAGAGAGAAAGGGGUUCCUGGUUUAAAUCCCCUCUCUGAGCAGAGUUUGCACAUUCACUCGGUACAUAUGUGGACCCUAUCUUGACACGCUUGGUUGAUCAGAGACUCUAAAUUGCCUGUUGGUGUGUGAGUGAAUGGUUGUCUCUAUAUGUUGUCCAGGAUUUACCUUUCCUAUCGCACAAUGACAGCUGGGAAAGGCUCAAGCCGCUCACCAUCCCAACGUGGAUAAGUAGUACCACAGCAGACAAAAUGACAGAGUAACAGAUAACCAUGCUUCCUUUUCCUCAGUGGUAUCUUUAUGUUGUAGUUCUGAAUACAAAUGAAACAGCUCUAAAAUGUCAUCCUUCAGUACAGUGUGUUAGUGUUUGUUUGUUUUCAUCUUAAAUCAGGAAAUCUUGUCUCAUACUUCAUCUUGGGCAUUCAGUCCACGGCCAUGUUUCCUCCAUAAAUCUUGUUCAGUAUCACAAGGCUUUUUCCUUCUAGCAGCCACACACCGACACACAAGUCUGACAUGGUCUUGGACUCUGCUGGAUGUGAUGAAGAGCUCAGAGGUCUCAGUCGAACACAAAGGAGUGUAAGGUGCAUUCAACUGGCACCAGUCUUUCAGCCUCAUCCCCUGAGACAGACAGGAGUGGAAGAUCAGAUUGUCAAAGAUCUUCCAGCCCCCCUUCGUCCGUCUGUCUGUCUGUCUGUGUGGCUUGCUGCAGAAGUGUGUUUUUCUUUUAGUUUAAUACUUUAAAAAAAUGCUACAGCAGGGAGUCCUCUUUUUUAGCAAAGUUUCUGCUGACACCUCCAAACUCUUCAUGCUGUUUCUGUGAUUGAUUGAACACAACAAAAGAGAAUAUGUAAUGAGACGUGAUGACAGCUCACAAAACCGACAAAGCCAAACAGGGCAGGGAAUGAGAUGUUAAAAAUGUGUGGUCGUAAGCAAAACAGAAGUGCCAAACUGCACUUUUAAAACAGAGAGAAAGAUCCCUGGGCUGGACCAGGGCAAUAAGGCUGCUGCAUCGAAACCCCUGACCAUACUGUCACUCCAGUAUUAUUACAUCCCAUAUAUAUACACUGCACCACAUACAUGCCUGUUAAUAUAAAAUCUAAUAUUGCUUGUUAUAAAUGCAACUUUGUGGAUCCAUCCUGGCACAGAGGUCAUAAAAUCCUGCUCAGCUGGGAUUCAUCUUAUCAACAAUUCAGAAAAAAAGGAAAGUAUACAGGAUUCCUAUGGUUAAGCUUUAGUCUGUACCAAUUUGCCUCCAGCUUGCAGAGCAUCACACUCCACUUGUGCUGGAACAUUUGUCUAGCUUGGGGAUUUCAGCUCCAGAGUUUUGGAUUCCUCGUCAGCCUGGUUGUCAAAUCAAAGGUUUCUAGAGUCAAAAGAAGACGUUAAGUUGUUGUUGUAUUGAUCAUGAAUCCUAUAACCUGGUCAAUGAUAUUGACUAAGGACAUUUGCAUUUAAAAGCUGAUAAUUUCCUUUUGUGCAGCCACCCUGCAGUUGCUGUCUUUUCUGCAAUGUUCAACUUGGUAUUUCACAAAGAAAGAGCUGAGCACACAGCUGCAGAUCAGACGCCCUUUAAAGAAAAUUAAAUUAGAGAAUCAAGCCUCAUUUUUGAGUGAUUUGUGAGUAUGUGUGACUUAUCUUUUAGACCCAGCAGAAGUGCAUCGCCAUCUUUGCCCUUCUCUGCUGCGUUGCUGUGCUGUCGGCAUUGAUCUUCUCCUCUGUGGACAUCUGGGGGGACGAUGAUGGGAUCACUGAGGAAAACUGUAGCAGUGACUGCCGGUAAGAUGCUCUGCAUGACAUUUAAUAAAGAAAUGGAAAAGAAAGCAUGACCAUGACCUGUGAAUACCUGUGAACAUAUGGACCCAUUGUAGCCUUGACGACUGUUCCCCAGAAACUCUUUGGCUUCAAUAUAUUUAUUAGUUUUACUUGAUGUAUAAAUGAUCAGGUCCUCAUUUUCCACUACUUAGCCAUUCAGGAUUUCUUUUCAUAGUCUUAUGUUGUUUGUUUUUUCCUAAAAAAUCUUGGUAUCAUGGCACUCUCAAGGGAGAGUUUAUUCUACCAGAGUGAAGUUGAAAGUUAUUUCAGUGAAUAGUAGACAUUGUCUUUCAUUCCACACAUACUUUGUCUCUGUCCCAGCCUGGAGCCUACCUUUCCCAACAUGAUGCACCUUCACCACUUCAACCAGAGCUUUAGAAGCUGUAGCCUUCAUUUGCUAUGUAUAUGUGUGUCACUCUACACCCACAUUUUUGUUUAACCAUUGUUACAUCUAGGGCUGGGCGAUAAACGAUAAUGAUAUAUAUCAAAAAUUAAUUCCCCUCGAUAUCGAUAUAAAACAUGGUCAAUAUGCUUUUUGAUAGUCGGCAUUCUGCCAUGUUUUGGCAGGCUAUACCAGUGGUUCUCAAGUCCAGUCCUCGUGCCCCCCCAUCCUGCAUGUUUUGGAUGUUUCCCUGCUCCAACACACCUGAUUCAAAUGAUCAGCUCGUUAUCAAGCUCUGUAAUGGCUUAAUAACGAGCUGAUCAUUUGUAUCAGGUGGGGGGCUUGAGGACUGGACUUGAGAACCAAUGGGCUAUACAAAUAGCCAAUGAAAAGGGGAGUUGCUCCGGGUCGCGCUGCACUGAACCAAUCAUGCUGAAUUAGAACCAAGUAGCAAACAACUGCGUAGUAGCAGACUGCAGCUACUCGCAAACAUAGCACUUUUACAUUUUAAGCCGACAGCACUGUUGGAAAAAAGAAAAUGAGUGCUACCCCUGGCAGAAAUGCAGAUGAAGACUCAACCAGUGAAGACAUUGUUGACAACACUGGCAUGAAAACGUUGGUGGUGUGGAGGUAUUUUGGUUAUUUGAGGUCAGACAUGAAACAGAGUAAUGUGCACUGCAAAUUAUGUCAAGUACAUGUUAAAUUUCAUGAAAGGGUAGCAGGGAACAUUUAAGAUUGACAAGUGAUUUUUUUAAUAUUGUGAUACAUAUUGAUAUCAACUGAUAUGGAAAGAAUGUAUUGUGAUCAACUUUUUCCCUUAUCGCCCAGCCCUAGAUACUCCUCCAUCCUUUUAUGCUCAGCUGGCACAGACUCAGGUGGCUUAAACUCUGAGAAAAUUUAUUCGAUUUUGUGUCCAGAGUGAUCUGAGGCUCCACUAACUUAAUAAGGAUGUAUCACUUUUAGCAUCGAGCUCGUGGAGAAUAUUCCUGAAGACCACCUUCUCCUGAUGGAUGGCAGACCCCGCCUUCCCCUCUCUGCAGGGUUUCACAUGUUGUUGGACCAAGCAAAGCGCUCAGUUGAAGUGGUGUCCCCUGUCUGGAGCUUAAACCCCUGGGAUCUUGAAACAACACCAAGUACUGCCAAACAGGUACAAAGUCAGAGCAGAGAGUGAUUAAAUCUGCCAUAAUUUUGCAGAGUUGAAACAACUGCAUUUCCCAGGGGCUGUGUAAGAGGAAAUGCAAUUAUUUUCUAGUAAAUCUGUGUGUAGUCUUUUAAUGAGGUUAGUCCUGUAGAGAUGGUAAGUACUGGCCUUUCAAGAGACAUCCGUGCUCAACUAAUACAGAACAUCCCCCUCUUCCUCAGGGUCAGCUUUUGUUCCAGAGACUGCUCAGCCUGAAAUCUCGUGGGGUUAAACUGAAGAUUGCCAGCAGUCUGGCGAACUCCGCUGAACUUAAGACCUUGGCAGCACACGGUGAGUGGCUGUCAUAUUUUCAUUUUACAAAAGCAAUUUGUUAUGGCUGCUGUAGCCAACCAGAAAGAAGAGUUAUGAAACUGAGGCCGGAUGCUGCCAAAAUGAAUUAAAAAAUGUUUUUCUUCCUGCUUCAGUCAUAUAUUGUUUAACUCGCUCUCUUUAUAAACCACACACAGAUUUGGACUCAAAUGAAACGAAGAGUAGAAAACACAUGCAUUAAUAUGUACAGUAUAGGUAGGGAAAAAAAGCUAAAAAGUUUAUUUUGGUCAGUUUAAAUGUCUUUUCAUCCAUAAAGUUGUUUCUUGGUCUUGUUAAUUUCAGUAGCUUUUAUGGCUCCUGAAAAACAUGCCUAAUUAAUUUAUGGAUUAACCAUUUUUGAAAAGAUUCCCUGGAUAUUCAGUGUAAAUUUUAGUCCUUUUUGAGACACCAGUUUUAGGUUAAAUUCUCCAUUUGUGUGGUUUCUAUCUGAAAAAGAAAAAAAGAUUUAGACUUAUUUACACCCUGCAGCCUCAGCAAGAGCUCUGCAGGACAGGUUAUAUAUAUUGUUCAGUUCUGCCAAACUCCAAAAUGAAGGUCAAAAAUCAUGAAUGUGAAAAUGAACCUGACUAGUUUCCUGUCAAAACCCUGUCCUCGAAGGUUGGCUGCCUGCUGUACCCACAUCCACAUCAGACAGCUCAAGGCCAAACUGGCACAUUCCCAGGACCCCCUCAUGUCAUUUGUUUAAAGUUAACUUGUCUAUCUCACGUUGUUCAGAAGCGGAGAUUCGCUUCAUUAACAUGACGGCUCUUACCAGAGGAGAACUGCACUCCUCUUUUUGGAUAGUGGAUCGGAGGCACAUUUACAUCGGGAGCGCUGAUAUGGACUGGAGGUCACUCUCCAAGGUAAUAACAAACAUCAACAACAUGAGUUUGCAGGGUGAAACCAGAGCGGAGGAUAAAUGAGCCUCUGCAGUCAGGCGUGGUCAGGUCUGCAGUUCAUUUCAAGAGUGAAAAUGGCAACAGCUGCUCUUGGUGCCUCAGAUGUAAUUGUUGGAGUACACACAUUUAAUUAAAUGAUAACCUUGCUCCCCCACUGGGACUCCAAACAUAACACAAAGUGCUGAUUAGUUCCACUCCACAUCUGUAGCUUUUUAUGCAGCAACUCUGGCGACUCCUAAUAAGCAUUGGGGAUGAUUUAAGAUCGCUGUCUGAGGCAGCACAGAGAGACAAGUAGCAUUUCACUUUGAAUUUAAUAUGUAAUCCACAACAGAGGAGGGACCAGGGAGCAUUAGCAUACUACUACUUGAAGUGAUUACCUGGCACUUUUCAUGCUUCAGUGCUGGCUGGAGGUAAGACUGCUGUUCAGUAUAAUUAACUCAGGAGCCAGGAGAUAGGCAGGACUGGACACAUACAUGAAUGUAUAGGAAUACACAUGUACACAUACAUACAUAUACACAUAGUAUACAGAGCAGAUGACAGAAGACCUGAAACGAAGAGAGAGAGAGAGCGUCUAACUAGAGUGAUGCAAGUCCACAAUUCAAGAUACUUGGUAGUAGAAUUAACAACAACCUCUGUACGCCUCCUUCUGGGUCAGUCACCAAAAUAGAAUAAACAUGAAACAAAGUUCUGCUGUGCAGUUAAUGACCAGGCCAGAAUACAUUUAGGGCAGCUCAGUCUCUUUUGUGUUUCACUUUUUAUUGUGUUAUGUUGAGUCAAGCAGCUCUGCAAAGGGUGAUGAAAGUCUGCUGGUUAGAUCACCACGUCACUCCACACAGGAAUAUUUCAAUAAUGAUUAGGACUGUCAUUAGAUUAAUAUGCCAUUGUGUUCCCAGAGGAAGUGUGCUGUCACUUUGAUGAUCUGCUGGUUUUACCUUGACGUUAGGGCUGGGCGAUAAAACAAUGAUGAUAUAUAUUGAAAUUUAAUUUCCCUCAGUAUCGAUAUAAAACAUGGUCAACAUGCUUUUUUCAAUCAGAGCUUUAGUUGUUUCAUGCCAGUAGCUGCAAACAUAACAUGGAGCUGCUUGGAUCAAACAUGGAUCGGAAAGAGCGGUAACCUUCAUUUGCUAUGUAUAUGUCAAUCAAUCAAUCAAUCAAAUUCACAAUAGUCGUCAUCCCAAGACACUUUCCAAAGAAAAACAGCAGGUCUGCCAUUCUACCAUGUUUUGGUCGACUAUACAAAUAGCCAAUGAAAAGGGAAGACAUGAAGCAGAUUAAUGUGCACUGCAAAUUAUGUCGAGUACAUGUUCUCGCAAAGUCUGGGAAUACCUCAAAACUUUUUCACCACCCGAAGCAGUGCCACGUGGCAGAGUAUGCGUAGUGCAAAAGGUUACAAACCCAGAGGGUAGCAAGGAGCCCAUGGUGCCUGUGCAGCUGAAAUAGCCGACCAUCAGUCCGCUCUCUUUAGCGCAACACCUUAGGACAAAACACUUUGAAGAGACAUCAAGACCUCACAGAUGCAGUAUCUUAUUGUGUUGCAAAAGACUUGCUACCAAUAAACACUGUUAAAUUUCAUUUUUUAUAUUGUAAUAUGUAUUGAUGCUGACUGAUAUGAAAAAUAUAUAUUGUGAUAAACGUUUUCCCAUAUCGCCCAGCCCUACUUGACGUCAUAACAAGUUGGAGUUUUUGGUUAAAUGUCUCAACAAUUACUGAACCCUUGGUGAAACUUCACAUGCACUGUUGUGUUAGUAAAUACUUCUGAUGAGCCUUAACUUCCAUCAAGUAUUAUUCCAAGCGUUUUUAUGCUUGGAUAGAUGAGUGUAAAGCCAACAACACUCCUGUAAGCCCAAGUGACCACUAGACAUCAAGUGGUAACGUGCUUUGUCGAAUUUAAAAUAUAUGUUUAAUGCAAAUUGGGUAUAUGCUUCAUAAAUGCCUGCGUAUUGGCACUAAUCAAAUUUCUCCUCUGGCAUAAAUAAGGCUCUUCUUAUCUCUUAUCUAAUCUAUUAUUUUCAAUAUAUUAGCAUGUUAUUGUUAGCAACCAGCACGUCUGCAAACACUCUUCAAUUUUGUUUUUGUUUGGAAAAGGAUCCUGUUCACACCCUAGAAAUAAAGCUGUAGCUGGUUUGUCACGCUCACUUUAUGUUUCUUUUCUUCUAAAAUAAGAAACAGCUUUACUUUGAUCUCAUUUAGCACCUUUUGUUAUGUUGUUUAAUGAUAUUCACACAAUGACCUAACUUGGCUCCAAACUUUUAUUCUGCUGCAUCACCUCUUUCUCUGUGUUUCUUCCUGACGCCCCACAGAGGAAAGAACUGGGACUGGUGCUGUAUAAUUGCAGCUGUCUGGCUUUGGACCUCCACAGGAUCUUUUCUUUUUACUGGCAGCUUCAUGACAGGGACUACAUCCCCUCCAUCUGGUCGAAGAGAGUUACAGCCCUCUAUGGGAGGCACGAUGCCCUGGAGCUGCAUCUUAAUUCUACCGAGGCCUCUGCUUAUGUGUCUGUGAGGAAUCACCUUGUUUUUUAUAUAUUGCAGUAUUUCCCGCAUGUAUGUAUACAAUACUGUACAGCAGACUGCAGGCUGUAUUAAUUAUUGAUUCCUUGACUUGUUUUUAUUCCUCAUACAGCACUUUAGCUUCCUGAAUGUGGGCCAAAUGGUGAAUGCCUUUAUCAAAGUUUCAUUGGAGAAUGAUAACAGUCACACACAGGCUGUGAUUAAUCAUGUUAAUGUCAUGCAGAGGAGCAUCUUGGUUGGAAAUCUCAGUACCUCAGCCUAAUUGGACAGUAAUGAAUCUUGUUACCCUCCAAGCAACAGGGCGCUUAUCAGUUGCAUUUAGCACAUUUAUCAUCCUAUAGGAACUCAUGACGCCCUGCUGUCACAAGCUGCUGGCAACUCCAGAUGAUUCUCCUGCCACGCUUCAUCUAGCAGAAAUACCUUGAUAAAGUCUCAUGCCUUAUUCUUCAUAUGCUCUGUCAAAAUGUCAUACUGAAUAUAUCAGAUAAGAAACAGGUUGAUAUGUAUCCUAAUUUUAUUAACUGAUCAGCUGGAUUUGUACUGUAUUUAUAUUUUUGCUAAACGGACUGACAGACAUAUCCUUUCUGCAGACCUCUCCUGAAAUCUUUUGUGCUAAAGAUCGUACCAGAGAUGUAGAUGCCAUCUAUCAAGUCAUCCAGAGUGCAAAGUCGUUUAUUUUCAUCUCUGUGACAGAUUACCUCCCGGUAGUCAGCAGGACUUCUAGAGGAAUCCUAGUUACAAGGUACUCUAAAAGGUUUUAUUAAAAGCGCUCUGACACUCACAGGUCACAUCUUGUAUUAAAAAAAAGCCCACACUGUCAUUACCACUGUUAUAUCAUCAGGUACUGGUCGCCUAUAGAUGAGAUGAUCAGGGAGGCGGUGGUACUGCGAGGAGUUAAAGUUCGACUGCUGAUAAGCUUCUGGAAGAAGACUCACCCUCUCACCUUUAACUUUGUCACAUCCCUCAAGUCGCUCUGUAUGCAGCUACACAACUGUUCCCUAGAGGUGGUGCGUGAGUUUUAACACCAUCCAGAUGUGUCUGGAUUUUUUUUAAGGAAACGUCAUUAUCAAAACAUGAUUUUGAGAGUUAAUGUGCUGUCUGAUUUUAUUUAAUCAAAUCAACAGAGAUUUUUCAGUCAUAAGGAGCAAAAAGAAGAUUUUCAGCAUGGACUCAACCACAACAAGUACAUGGUGACCGACAAUGCACUCUACGUUGGUAGGUUUUUAAUGAUGUGCAAGCAACUAAAUGAUUUUAUUCUAACUUUUAUUUGAUUCAUUAAUGUUUUAAACAGAAUAUUUUAAAUAUUUAGGUUUUUUUUAUUUCUAUAUUCUUAAAAAAUGAAUACCUCUUUACAUUUGCCCAUUAGUUUUAAGGCUACAGAAGAAUGGAGAAGAAAAGUAAAGGAACACUUUGGGAAAAACUUCUGCAGCAUGUUUAAGGAUAAUAUUGUCUAUGAGGAUUCUGAGACCUGUUGGUAAACUGCUAAACCUCGAGCUCAUUGCGGCACAAAAGCUGCAUCAAUUAAUUUUUUACCUACAGUUUUGGAAGAUUUAGGAUUAAGGUUAGGGCCCAGCUGAGCAAACCCUCUCCUGGUUAUGUCUUGAAAUGUGACUGCUAUUUGUCUUUUAAUAUUGGGCAAGAAAUUGAACUAUGCUGCUGCUGUACAUUAGAAAUUACUACCUCUUAAUGUGUGUGCACACACACAAAGAAACCGAGACACACAAACUAUACCACAAGCCAAAAUACAUAGCACAAGAAGGGAACCAUAAAACUGUAACACUAAGUCUUAUAAUGCUUGUAAAUGUUGAAAUCUGAAAGGUUUUCUGUUUGCUAACAGGGAACCAUGACUGGGUUGGGAGUGACUUUGCGAGGAAUGCUGGCGUUGGGCUGGUGGUCAAGAUGAAAAACAGCCUCACAGACAGAGGAGUGACAAUCCUGGAACACGUCAAAGCUGCUUUUGAAAGAGACUGGAGGUCACGAUACGCAAAGAGUCUACAAGGCAACAAAGAUCAACAUGGCAAAUACAGAAACUCACAACAUAAUAAAAUCCACAUGGACACCAAGGUGGAAAACAAGUGGAAUGAACCUUUAUCUUUUUAAGCACAGAAUGUCUUUCUAAACACUAUAGCCUUGUUUGCUGCAUACUCUAGAUUUUACAAUAACAUAUAUGCAUACGAGAAUGUGACUUAGACUGUUAGACUUCAAUUUAUUUUGAAGAUAUUUAAGUCAACAAAGACAAUGUUGAGGUGAUAACUUGACUCAGUUUUCCUGCAAGAUCCAAUAACUACUCGAAAACCCCAGCAACUGUCAUCAGUUAUCUGAGCAUGUCAUUCUGCAUGAACACUGAGAACAAUAUUCAAACUAUUCUAUACUAAGAUAAGCAAUAUGCUGAUUAUUAAAUCAAUAUGCUCUGUGUAAAACUUUUAUCAUUCCAAUAAUGUAACCCAUCAGACUCACAGGAAUGAUCUGUGUUUGGAAUUUAACGAUAAUUUUAUUAACAGUUUUGAUUGUUUCUUGACUUUAUAAACCUUUUUAUGCUUUAAGAUCUUCAUAAAUGACUCCAAUGCAAUAUUACCCAGGAGUGAAAUACAGUAUAUUUUUGUUUCUUUGUUACCUCACACAUACAGGGUCUUUGGCAAUGGCUUUAUUGAUGUAACAACAGCUGUGGAUAAUCUCAUUGAAAAUCUCCCUUUAUCCUUCAUAAAUGCACCCUUUUCAUCAUUGUUGUUGGUUUUUUUUAAUGAUUUAAUAUUACCUUAUUGGGACCCCUGGGCUGAUUAACAUCCAUACAUUAAAAAAGAAAGGUUGGGGCUUCUUGACAGAUCACAAUCACACUCUCAUGGUCAUAAGAGAGUCUUUUAAAAAUAAAUGUAGGCCCUGACCAUAAGCCUUUUGAGUCACACAAUCAGCCACUGCUGUUGAGUGUAAAGAUUUGUAUGUAUUUAUUAUAAAGACCUAAUCUUAUUUUGUUUCAAAUCUAAUAUACCAUAUUGAUGUAUCUAAAAGACCGCAUAUUUGGAUAAACACAUGUCAGUGAUGCACUUACCACAUUUGGCCACUGGGGAGCUAAUGAACUGAAAAAUAGCUGAUUGCCAAAAUAGAAAAUACCAACAGUUAUUCCACUACAAGUCACAUUGUGGCCUUGUUUAUAACCAUCACAUCAAAUAAAGUUAUCACCAUUAAGUUAGUGUGGUUUAACAUAACAGGAGCCUAUUUUGAAAACGUAUUACUUAUCCUUAAAUACAACUAUAUAUUUGGCUAUCAUUUGAAUUCAAUGUUAUCUAACUUGUAAUUCUGAAUCUAACGUAUAUUUGGUUGGUGAGUAAUAAAAACGUGACUUCAUUAAAAGAAGUUAAGACAUUUAGACACUAUCGGCCACCUCAGAUUGGACCAGACUGUUAGAGAAGAACAAAUUCAAAGCAGACUUCAAACAAUAACUUCAUAACUCCUUGACAAUAAAGCCAUAUUAUCCAUUUUA